GGGCAGGAGGCAGGGCAGUGGAGGUAAACGGGUAAUUUUAUUGGUCGCUUGUGUGUCAGGAAGACUGAGCAGCCAAUUGAAGGGCGCGGAGAUUUAUCACCGUCCUUGACCGGCCUGACCUACACUACCUGUCAACACAAUACACUUCGUCUCCGCGGUUAAUGACUUUCCGAAGUGUUUUUUUUCCCCCUCUCACAAAGCAGCUGUUUCUCCGGGGCAUGGGAUAUGGUUUGUGAAACUGACAGCGCGCACCAAUUUUACCCCGGAAGAAAGACGCGGCGUGUUCCUGAAUGAAGUUCUGCACAGUUUGUCACCUACACAGUCGGACUCUGGAAAUGACUUCCAACAGAAUGGAGUGGCUUAUUCAGCGGUGCCACAAUCAAGAGGCGCCGUGUCACUCUGUGUGUCGGUCGGUGCUCUUCGUAUCUUGUAUGCUCUUUGUCCUCUCCAUAUGCAUGUCUCCUGGAUUGUGGUCUAUUGGCGUCCAGCUUCGUUCAGUCAUCACAGGGAGCUAUGUUCCUGGGCACCACUCCAUCGUUCUCCUCAACAGCCCCAACGAACAGGCAGUCAAGGACAUGGGGAGGGCAAUCAUGGAGAAGCGGCUGGCAGCCAGUGUUAACAUUCUCUCCAGGACGUCCACAAUGUACUAUUGGAAAGGCGAGAUCCAGGAUGCAAAUGAGUUUCUGAUGCUGGUAAAAACAAAGACCUCCAGGAUCCAGCAAGUCACAGAUUAUGUGAGGUCCAUCCAUCCCUACGCAAACCCAGAAGUCCUCAGUUUCCCAGUGGAGGACGGCAGUCUGGCUUAUCUGAAGUGGAUGGAUGAAGCCAUACCAGAUGACUGAUCCAUAGAAAUCAAAAUCCAUUCCCAGCGAGGACAGCGGGGGAACAAGGAAACGGAGCCAGGUGUUGUUUGAUGGCUGUGAGUCAAUGUUUGGGGAGCACAAAAGUUCAAAAUAUGACAUUUACUGUACGUUCUCUGGAUGCUCUGAUCUUUUCAAAGAGGAUUCCACGAUGUACUGUGGAGAUCUGAUAUGGAACGUUGUACCACGGCAAACAGAAAAUCGUGGUUGGCUGCCCGUCGUCAGCUGCAACUGUGUCAAGCAUCAGAACGCACAGUGACAGUCGAGUGCUACAAAAACCGUGGCAAAGGGGAUUAAACCAACCAAACCGCAUAUAUUCUUUACCUCCAUCGGCCGCAUUAUUACUUUUAUACGGAUGCACUCUCGCCGAUACUGUGGUCCAAAACCAGUAAUGUCUUUUGUGUAUAGAGUAUUUGCAUUUGCUGAAUCAUGCUCUUCCUGCAGCUUUAAUUUAAUCGUCCUCUAUACACUGUAAUACAUUAUUGACAUGACAAUGCUAUACUGAUGAUAGAAAGAGUAAAUGGUUUAUCUCAGUCAUGCACUGCCUCUCACUGAUUGUGACUUUGGCCAAACAUAAAUAUUACACUGGGAAUUUCAUGAACUUUUAUGCGUAUAGUUCGUAUGUCAUGAAUGCAAAAGUAUAGCGUCCUAACAAAAAAAAGAAACCGCUCAGCAACAUUCAAAGAAGCUUUUUUGAGUGACACGGCAUAGCGUUUCCAGUGUGUGUGUGUGUGUGCACUGCUGUGUUUCUUUUCUGCUCAGCUUUGACAUUGCAUUAAACAUUGACCCACAUUUUGUGUCACCUCAAAUAAUGUGACGCUGAACUCCUGAGGAUAAUUUAUUAGGCGCAUUUGACUGAAAACACUUUGCAUAAUUCUGUAUCUCAAUCUUAAAACCCUUGCUUUUCCCUCGCCUGCUUUGCCUCCUGUGGGUGUUGCUCAUUUUAAUUUUAAAGGUUCAUUCGACUUUAACAACCCAGUCAUUCGUUCUGCAUCCGUUUGUUCAUGUUGGUGUUGGAUUGACGUUGGUGGUCGUAGUGGACUCUGUUAGCCAUGGAACGCUUGUCUCACUGGACAAAAACAUGGCCAAAGCUUCACUCUGCACAAAGAGUUUCCGGCACGAGGCCAUAACAAAGAAACUGCAGAUACAGUUUAGCUGGGUGACGCGUCUGUGGAGCCAAAGUAAUCCUCAGCUGGUCCAGUAUGUGUGUGUGUGAGUGCAUAUGUACCAGUAGUCCUAAUGGAGACCAAAAACCUGGUCCAAAUGAGGCAGAGCAUAAUAUCUGAGGAACUGGUUAAGUUUAAGAUUUAAGAUUGAAAUUGUGGUGAGGUGAAGUUUAUGGUUGGGCAUUGUUGGUUAUGGUUAAAGUUAGGGAUAAUGCUGUUUUUUGUCAAUACUUGUGCCGGAACAGAGACUGAACAAAGACUAGAGACUGAAAACUGAAAGUGUUCUGCAGUUUGAGUACAUUUCCACUAGAUGGUGGUGUUUUAAUACACAUCAAAAGUGUUCAGAUCCA